CCAAUAUUGUAAAGUGUUUUUAGCUUGCACAAGAAAAAAUGAAUUGGAUUUGGAGCCUUUUAGUCCUAGGAAUUGUUUUUGGUGCAACUGAAGGAAGAAUCGAACAACCGCAACGUCAGGCUGAAACCCCUACAGCACCGGCGGGUGAUGGGAAAAAGCCGGAUAAAGCGAAAGAGCCGGAUGAUCCGAAAAAGCCGGAGUCACCCGCAGUCGAAGGAAAUUCAACAACUGCAAAAGAUAAAUAUACUCUAGAAGAGGAGAGAGUAACAAACGAUCUUAAGGACAUUGUUUCCAAAUAUGAACGUGAAUGCAUUGGUAAUCCUGAGUUUUCCGCUAAUCUGGAUAAGAUACGCAAAGCGAUAAAUUGGAACAAUGGUACUUUGCAACAAAAAUAUGAACUUCAAUUUGAAUUCAAUAAUUACAAUAAGCUACGUAUUGACCUUGAUAAAAAAAUCGAUAUCGCAAUUGAGGAGUUAAACGACGUUCUUCCUACCUUACAACCGAACAGCUCCUGUUCAAAGUUAUUACUUAAACAAAGAAAAGCACUUCAAAAAGCCAAACAACUUUCUAAUGAAGGAAAACUAGACUCAUUAAGGGAAAACUCAAAACAAUGCGUUGAUACUGAUAAUGAUUCUUCCGAGUAUGAUUAUUAAAUUAAAAUUAAAUUUAAGUACUAAAUUGUUACUAAA